AUGAUCAAAUUUUUUGUAAUUAUUGGGAUAGCUGCUAGCCAAUUUACUAUUGUCCCUGUUCUUUACAGCCAAUACACUUCACCUUUUAUGGUCAAUUAUUUUAAGAGUACUUUGGACUGUUCAGAUUUAAAUGAUGAAAGAUGUAAAAUUGCCUCCCAAUUUCGGUUCAAGGUUUAUGAGGUAUCAGACUCAUCCGACCUAGACAGCAUUUUUAUGGGCUCAGACACUAUUGUCAUGUAUGAUGGGUGUGCUUCACUCGGGCUGACAACACUAAUAAACGAAUACGCAAGAAAAUUAGGAUUUCUUCAGCUUAUUAUAGGCUAUGCCUCUGAAAAAACUUUGCCAUAUGUGUUUUACACAGAUUAUUCUUAUAAAUCUUAUGUUAAUGCAGCUUUAUCUAUUGCAAAAACUUAUAAAAUUGAAAAAGCAAUCGCGAUUAUCAGUAGCGAAUUUUCUGAAAUGGAUUUUUCGAAUAAUGAAGGAGUUGAAAUAGUAGCCCAGUUAAUAAUAUCUCAAGCAGCUACUUACGAGUAUAUUAUUUGAUUAUUUUCAAAAAAACUUAAACUAUUCGGCGUUAAAUUGUUUUAUUUCAAAACAAAUCCAGAAAUUUCGAAAUUAAUCCAGAAAGCAUUGGUUGAGGCCGAUAUGAAUAAAGAAGACUAUUUGUAUAUUUAUAUGCAAGAAGCGGCUUGAUCGGCUUAUAUAGAAGGAUCAAUGCUAUUAGAAGGGAAAUGGUUUCACAGCACUGAUAUUUUUAACUAUAUUGAUAACCUGGUAUAUUGAGGAUCAGUAAUUGUUGGUGGCUUGCUAGCUGAUAAUCCAGUCCAUGGAUCAUAUUCAGGAUACUUUAGCUAUAAAUGAAAUUAA